GUGAAAUAACCCCUUGGCACUUGUUGAUGAGAGAGGACAUAACGUGAACUCACCUCAAAAUCAACGAACUCCACAAAUCUCUGGUCCCCACUCAAUCUUACGAGUCGAUGGUUCAUGUAUUGUCAACACUAAUUACACGAUGUAUAUGGAAGUUCGCUUGAUUGACAUCUGGAGAUGAAAUCCGGAAAUAUUACAGUGAGCGCUUCCUACGAACGCCUCUCUCGGUCUUUCUGCAAACUAGAAUUAUGUGUCAACUUUUGUAAAUCUAAGCACAAAAAUAAACAAGCAAAAAACACGUGUUUUAUAUUUAGCCGUGUACAUUUUUCGAAUUUGUGACGAAUAUUUAAUUAUUGACUUAUAUUAGUUUAAAUAUUAUUCUCCGUAGAUUUUUGAAGUUCAAAUAAAAUGGAGAAAGAUAAAGAACUUAUUAUUUGUGUUCCCGGACAACGAUUAUGCGUGUCAGACAAAGUGAACUUACCGGGACCAGGAACAUACGAACAGCAAGGUUAUAUUUAUUCAAAACUCGCUGGCACGGUAGAAUUGAUCAAGGACGAAAAUACAACGACGGUUGUUGUUCAUGGAAUGACGGAACAAACUAUAGUACCUGCACCUGGCGACAUUGUUACAGCUAUGGUUACUCUUGUUAAUCAAAGGUUUUGCAAAUGUACCAUGAAAUGUAUCGGUGAUGUCGUUUUAACUAGACCUUAUCGAGGAAUUUUGAGGAAAGAAGAUGUUCGAGCAACAGAAAAAGACAGAGUUGAACUGUACAAGUCUUUUAGACCCGGCGAUAUUAUUCUUGCCAGAGUUAUGCCAAUGACAGAAGCUCACACUUACCAGCUCAGUACAGCUGAAAAUGAAUUGGGAGUGGUAGUGGCUCACAGCGAAGAUGGAAUUUCGAUGGUACCUAUCAGUUGGACCGAGAUGCAAUGUCCAAAGACGUUGGUGAAGGAAUUUCGGAAAGUAGCAAAGGUGGUGCCGGAACAAAUGAUCACAGAACCAUAGAGCACAGAAUUUCAUUAGCUUUUGAGAAAAUUAACACUUCUCUUUUCUUUUUCCUUUGGAAAAGCUUUCGCGGAAUGGUCGAAAGUCGGAACAAAUGUUUUUUUUCUUCAUUUGGAAGGUUUGCUAGAUACAAAUUGUGACAAAAAUUCGUUUUCUAUGAAAAUUCUAUUUGCAGAAUAUUACAAUUCGCACUGUACAAUUUAUUACCACACGCCUCAUCCACUUUAACCGUUGUUUUAAUCAAGUAUAAAAGAACAUUAAAAUAAAUACGCUACGGUGCAUUGAGCAAAAAAUAUUACACUGUGCGCGUACCCACGAGACGAAUUACCAUGUAGCGAUUAUAAAAAUAACAAAAUUGAACGAACAAAAACGCAAAUGUGUUGCUUACAGCACGCAAAAUAUCUUUCAAA